UUCGCUUCACAUCUUCAUCUACAGCGGAUCAUCCACUCGUGAGGUCCAGCGACAGACGCUUUUCUUUACUCCUUUCUGUAUUAAAGCAUCACAAUCAUCGCGAGUCGCGCGCUAAAUGCCGCUCGGGUGUUUGCGGGAAUUGCGGGAUUUGCCUUUUAAUUCCUCUGAACUGGAUAUGAAGUGCAACUGUGAGCGAGAGAUGCACGAGCUCUCUUAACCACAGCAGGGAUACAAUGGGGAAACUUCACUCAAAACAUGCUUGCAAACGUCGGGAAAAUCCUGAGGGGGAUAGUUUUGUUGUGAACGGCUUUAUUUCAAGAAGAGGAGCUGAAGAGGGCGAGAGAUACGACACAAAUCUGAAAGAUUAUAAGGAGCUCAAGGACAGACAGACGCAGGUGCACCGCUGCCCUCUACAGGUGGUUUUGCCUCCAGAAAAGGCUGAAGGAUGUGAGAGUUUUCUGCCGUCUGAAGAUGGAGAGAGAGACGCGCUGAAGGAAACCUGCAAAGGAAAGAAACGCAUCAGUCUAGAUGAUCUGGAGUGUAACGUGUCUCUGGUUGAUGAAAACAGGCAGGAGUGGGUCUUCACGCUCUACGACUUCGACAACAGCGGAAGAGUCACUAAGGAGGACAUGUCCAGUUUGAUGCACACUAUCUAUGAUGUGGUGGACACUUCUGUCAAUCACUCGUGUAACAGCAAACGAAAGACCCUCCGAGUGAAGCUGACGGUCACUCCUGAACCUGGAGCUCGCAGGAAGGACGGGACACACACCACGACCGACAGGGACGUGAAUCGUUUGAGUCACAUUGAGUCGGUUCACUCGGAGGACAGACAGCAGCACGAGAGGAAUCACUACUGUGUGGACGAGAACACAGAGAGACGAAACCAUUACCUGGAUCUGGCGGGAAUAGAGAACUACAGCUCCAGAUUUGACAGUUCCUCUGCUCCUGUGGAAGAGCAAGAGCAGCCGCCACGGUCUUCACACACUCAGAGCCGUUCCCGUUCCCAUGAGCCCGAGACACACGCCCAUCAGCGGCGGUCACAGGUCCUCACCGACCCCUGCGUGGCCCCGGAUCCCCGAGUGCGCGGCGGGCCCCAGUCCAUCAGGUCCCCCAAGGCCACGUCCAAAGGCGGCCAGUCUGCGGCCAAAACCAGCAAGUGUCACAGCUACUAUCCGCCUGUGCCGGGCGUUUCCUUCCCAGCGGGUCAGAACAUGUACCAUCUACCCCAGCAGAACCAGCCUCAGCCCUCACCGGGUCACCAACACCCUCUCCAGCACAGCCACAGCAAGAGAAUCAGAGCCAAAGCCAGAGAACAGGCGCUGUCGCCCUCCAAACACACCCAACAACCACAGCCCUCGCCGGACCGCGAGCAGAACGCCGGGUUUGUGCUUCCCGUGGUCCAGCGACACGAACACCAUCAUCAUCACGAACACCAUCAUCAUCACCACUACCAUCACUACCAUCAGACAUGACUUCACAAACACGCUCCUGCAGGAGUCCGCUGAGCUCGUGAAGUUGAGUUUAAACCGCAUUGAGAUUUCAGGCUAACUGAGAAGUCCAGCUCCUCUCAAACCAGUCAGGUUUGUUCCUGUUGUGCAGAAUGAAUGUUCAGCAAGUAUUUCUAUAAAAGCGUAUACCAGAUAUUCAGAAUCUGCUCUGCUUAAACUCAGGCACUUAUUGCGUUCAUUAACUGUAUCGUGAUUGUGAUUUACAGAAUGAAAACAGAGAUAAAGUUAGUCGUUGCUGAGCGUUUACAUGAAGACAUCAGCUUCAUUUUUUAAUAU